AUGGCUGGGGCGCUUCGCGAACUCAUAGAACUCUUGUUGACGGAAAUAGCCGUCAGUGGCACUGACGGAACUCCCUUGUCAGAGAUAUGGGGUCUGAUUGAAGCCUUUUACAGUAACAGGUCAUCCUACGCCGGGCAUGACCACAGCUCACCCGGCUUCUUUUUGGAUCGUUCGCUACAGGAAGACCUGUGGGAAUGGUUAACACUGAAUCCUGAGGUGUCCGUCGGACGGAACAAGGAGUAUAAUGGGCUUAGUUUACCUGAAGCAGAGGCAAUCAAUUCAAAGUCCUCUGAACUUAGGCUUUUCGUAUCCGAGGAACGUAUUUGGAAAGCGUUGACCGGUCAUGAAAAGGACGAAACCAAAGUCCCAUCCACCGAAUUCUCUCUGCUCUCUAUUAUCGCGUCAUGCCGGUCCCAAGGAAUCCUGCAGACUGAGUUGGUUCGUCGUAGUGGUCAGGAUGCGAGGUCUGUGCCGAAACGUACCGACGCCUUGAAGACCAAAGGCUACAUCGAUAAACGACAAGUACAGGCCAAAUCGGCCAAGACCAGCUUGUGCACGCUUUCGAGAUUUGCCAAUGUUGAUGUCGGCAUUGUAUGCCAGGAAGGCAAAUCUGCGCAAUCCCGAGAAGUGAUCGAUUUUGGAGCUUUCUGCCAUGACAUAUUUCGCAUUCUCAAAAAAUAUCAGAUCAUAGCUCGGAGCGAUCUCAGAGAUGAGCUCGGUUUCCACGAUAUCUGGCGCCGGCGUAUCUUGAAUAGAGCGAUACGGAAGCUUGAGACAAUUGGUUGCGUGCAGCGAGUUAAAGCGCGAUCGCAAUUUCAUGACACUAUGCAAUCCCUACACUCCUGCGUCCUGUUGGUUCGUGAACCCACGCAGGUCGAUCUGAAGUUGUUCAAAAGCGACUACAAGACAAUAUUGGCUGCCACAGACCAAGAGAACGAGGAAAUGGAAGAACAGGCCGAGAUGCAUACUCCCGACCACAAACUUAUUCAAUGGGUUCCAGAUGCUAAUUUUGCAAACCUUAUUGCUACUCUAAUCAAAAAUAGUGGAACUAGAGGAAGCAGUAAUGCUGAAAUCAUCAGAGAAGGAUUCGGGAAAGUUUUUCGUCGUCCAAGUGAAAACACUUUGAAUCGCAUCACGGAAUGUUGGCAGCUCUCGCAACCAUUGCAUCUCAGAAGUAGUGCUAUUGUCCGAGACACUGCACUGAAUGGCACGGUCACUCAUUACGUGCAUUACUCAUAUUCCAAUUUUAAGCAGCUGGUCGAUACUGGGUGUGCUGAUUGGGAUGCGGUAUCCUUUCGUCCAAGAGACGUUAAGAGUUCCAAGCUUGCUAUACCACCUCCUGAUGCUCUACCCGUGACUGACCAAGACGGCUUGGUACCUUUUAGGCCCUCUCGAAGAGGGAUCGCCGAGUGUGAUCACUAUUGUGCAGUUUCAUCCAAAAGCCUUGGCAACUAUGCAGUAACUAAAAGCGACCCAGUCGCUAUGACUAACGAAAAUAUGGAUUUUGUGGCUGUGUUUCCACGUGAAUCUGACGGUUUUCCCGGAUAUAAACCUAUCCACAAAAGAACUGACACUCAUACGGUGGCUAAAAAGGAGCAAAUAGAUUCCGCUAGAUCCCAGCAGGAUUUCCGUGGUGAGAAUAUGGUCGAAACCCCGGGAUAUGCGCAAAUGACAAAAGCCGAGAAAAUUGAAGUCGAGCUCAAGAAGGGUGAAAGAUCACCCAGAGAGGUAUUUGCUGCAUUCGGCCUAGACGAAAGUUGGACGCAUGUAGCAGUACGCCUUAUGGAGCGAAAUGCCCCUGGAGUUUAUAUGACAGCAAAAGGAAAAGCACGACCAGCUGGUAGACGCCAAGGGCGUCCCAAGGAAAGUCGAAUCGCUGUGUUUAGGAGUUCCACCCUUGUCGAAUACCUCAAAUCAAUUCCUCAAGCUGUAAUGGAUGUUUCUCGACCUCUUGUCUCACGAGCGAGUCCAUGCAACGCUGGCCGCGAAUCGUCAAUCAUCACCACCCCGGGAGAUCUGAUCUCAGAGACGAAUAGUAAUAACGAACAAGGCGCCCUGGAACCCGCUCCUGUAGCCACUGAAACGCAGUCUAACAAAGAAAACAAUAUCGUGCCUAGACCGGCUAGUACUGAACCGCAACCGACUUCGCCGGAGCUCCCCUCAGUUAUUCCUGACCUCCCUGAAAUAGAGAAGGUGGUUUCCUUGGAAGCUGAAGAACGAUCUACAACAUCUACGGCUAUAACAGGAAUAACUAUUUCGAGGAACAACACAUUGGAGUCUUGUCCCUCCGUACAUCCUGUGAGCAAUGUACCCUCAGCUGCAGCGGAUGAAUCUUCAGUCGUUGGUCAAGGACAUGAUUCGCCACCUGAGUCCCCAGUCAUAUUCACAAAAAGCCGACGUCUGGACCAUGGAGGUUCUGUCGCUCGUUUGAGACGUGCAAUCAUUAUGGAUAUCAUAAAGCAGGCCGGAGGGGCAUUUCCUUCGGGCAGUGAGAUAUGGCACGCAUUUUCAACGGUUUGGAUGAAGUAUCUUAAACAUGCUGAGAAGCCGGACUCAAGAACAGUUAGAAAUGUGGUAAAGUAUCUCAUUGACACAGGGAAGUUGCGACAGAUAACCUUUAGUGGUAAAGGUCCCAAGGGCCUCAUGGUUACUCGCAGCAUCGUUAUGACACCCGAAACCAGCCCUUCCAGCCCACUCGUCACAAAAAUGCAGAAAGCGCUCUUGGAGUCAAAUUAUUAUGUUCCGGAUAAUGUCGAAAUAGAUUCUGAUAUCACGAGGAUUGUACGCGGUGCCACUGGGGCGCCCACAGGUGUCUAUACCAAAUCGAUCCCUAUUGACCCCGGAAUGACAGUCAACCUACGGACGAAACCCGCUUCUGUUAUAGCAUUAGAGAGAAGGAAAGAGCAGUCUAUUCACAAAAGACUGUCCAAACCUAUUCGACUGAUGGGUAUUAAACGCAAAGGCAGACUUCAGACUUCCGAGGGUAUCACUUCAUUCUCCAGGCCGGUGAGCAAGGGAAUUUUGAAACAUCACCAUGAGCCUUCUCAACCUGAGAAAGAUCCAUCAGGAGAAUCAACUCCAAUGGAGAUAGAUGUUCUCCCAUCCGUGACCCCUAAGCGUCACUUGCGCCGGGAAUCGCUAGAUCAGCCACGCUCAGAAGUCAAGAGACGCAAACGAUCAUAUACGGAGUCCCAAUAUGAUCGAUUUUUGGAUAGCCUUGAGGAUGUUCUGCAAUGGGAGUUCAGCAAUCUGUUAAUGAGUGAAACGGAACAGGGUUCAUCUAUCAUUCCAAAGUUCACAGAAGACGACAUGGAUUUCAUUCACCACACCGUCAAUGAGGGCUUUGAACAAGCACCUGUUGUUGGUAGUAUACGCUUUGCUGGUGAGAAACGGACGAGGCCAGCUCCCCUCUCAGCACCAAGCCUAAGAAGACGUCGACAUAAAUCCUCGGUGGCAUUUGAAUCAAAACUCAGACCUAUCACGCCGCGACAAAGUCAUGACACUGGCCACGAGUCAGGAUCACAGCCGUGGCUCGUCUCUUAUGCCCAGCAACCAAUGGAUGCGGAACUGUAUAUGCAGCCUAACGGUUCGGAUUUACUCCAACCAUCGAGUCCGAUUGAUGAAGAUGAGCUCCACGGUUAUCCGGAGAAGAACACCGCGACAAUGGCUAGGAGACGACGCAGAGGACUCAAAGCUCUGUCCAAUUCGAUGAUUGAACGACUAAAGCAUGCAAUCGUUGUCGUCAGGACUAUUGCAGGAGGUACUCAGGGAAGAAUUGUCGAUUGGGAUUUCGUGACUAAGGCUUUCCCGAGAGAAGAUCCCCAGGAUAUCCGAUCAAAUGGUAAACUGCUCUUGAACCGUGAUCGACGCCAGCUGGCACAGAUGCAGGACGAAUUUCGUGUCAAAUUACUUGCAGAAUAUAAGAAGAAAAACUCGUCAAUCCCAAUCAUUAACUUCAAUAACAUGGCAUCUUAUGAUUGGGAUGCGGCAGUGACAUGGGCAACUGCCCAGUACUAUUCACCUUUUACUCGAAAUGUGCCCCUGUUGCCAGCAUCGCGGGCUCGAUUGAUACAGGACAUUCCGCAUCGUAUAGAACAGGUUUCCGACGAGUUUGAGAUGAUUUACACAACCAAUCCCACAUUCAGUAUCACAAAGCGGGAGUCCCUUUUUGCUUCAAGACCUUAUUUGAGUAAGCAGAAAAUCGAGAGUGCCAAUGUUCGAGAUCAAAACGACGACAAACAAGCGGUGAAAUGCUGGAUUUUGUCGAAUAUCGUCGCCAAGGAAGCAACAUACAAUGCCAUAGAUGCGCGAGACAAAUUAUCUCGACUCCCCAAUGUCAUUAUUGAGGAUGCCGUGAAAGAGCUUAUCCGAGAGCGAUUCAUAUCGCAGAGCAAUCGCGGACGUGUCGUUCCAGGCCGUAAUUUCACCUUCACGGAUAAUUUUCAACUCACCUUCGGACGUAGAAGAGCAAUCGAUUCGGAUAUACUUCGCCAGGCAGCAAAAUUCAAGCGUAUGCUUGAUGACGAUUUCAAACGUGACGGAGUAUCUCAACUAAAAUAUGAUGCGUCAGACGGAGCUGUUCUUGCAGUCAUGGCGUUAGCAGCCCAAGGACGAGUACACAUUUUACCUAACGAUCCACCUGCAAAUCCGUUCGGCCUCACCGAAGGUAACUACGAGACACGUACCUUGGACAAAGCGAUUUUCAAAUUCCAGGUGGAUGUCAUUCCGGACAGUAGCAGAUACCAAUACGGUUACCCCUUAGCAGUCAAAGCCAAUGAACGUCAACCGCCUAUUGAAGAGGAAGAGUUAAAACAACUUUUGAGUGGUAACGACGAUAAGGGACCGGUUGCAAAACUUCCGCUGUGGUUAGACAUCAAUGGUAAUGUGCACGUGCAGUUGUGGGAGGCUAUUGUGUCUGCCAUAGUGGGUAUCCUUGCAAUAAGGCCAAAGAUUGACAUAGUCAAUCUCCAUGAACAGCUCCAGAAUUACCUGGCUCCGUGGGAUAUUGAACGUAUUCUCAGGUGGCUUGAAAAGAUUGGACUAGCUGAAAAUGAAGGUGGAGCUGGCGAUAAAGGUAUCUGGUCUGCGAAGGAGUACUGGUGGAUGAUCUGGGCCUAAUAUUUGAGGCGCCCGUGUAUUUCUCGAUUUUGCAUUCUUAUGUAACCUCUGUUCUAACAUGGAUCGUAUGGUAUA